UCUUUUUUUUCUCCCCUCCUUUGCCUGCUUCUCCCCGGAAGUGCUCUUCCAGCACUGACUGCCGGCGUGACUUUGAACGCUUCUGGCAGUGGUGCAGGUUGCUGGGUACACCGGGCGCUGUGGGACUUUCGCGUCUAUUCUACGCUCGCCAUGAGGCUGCUGGGAGCCGCCGCCGCCGCCGCGGCCGUGGGGCGCGGGCCGCUCCCGCGGAUCCCCGCUGCCCUCGGCUGGCCGGGGAAGCAGGCUAAUUGGAAGAUCUGCCGAUGGUGUUCAUCAGGGGUGAUUCCUAAUGAAAAGAUACGAAAUAUUGGAAUCUCAGCUCACAUUGAUUCUGGGAAAACUACAUUAACAGAACGAGUGCUUUACUACACUGGUAGAAUUGCAAAAAUGCAUGAGGUGAAAGGUAAAGAUGGAGUUGGUGCUGUCAUGGAUUCCAUGGAACUAGAGAGACAAAGAGGAAUCACUAUUCAGUCAGCGGCCACCUAUACCUUGUGGAAAGAUGUUAAUAUCAACAUUAUAGAUACUCCUGGGCACGUGGACUUCACCAUAGAAGUUGAAAGAGCCCUGAGAGUGCUGGAUGGUGCGAUCCUUGUUCUCUGUGCAGUCGGAGGGGUGCAGUGCCAGACCAUGACUGUUAAUCGUCAGAUGCAGCGCUACAGUGUUCCAUUUCUAACUUUCAUUAACAAACUGGACCGAAUGGGCUCCAACCCAACCAGGGCCCUGCAGCAAAUGAGGUCUAAACUUAAUCAUAAUGCAGCACUUGUGCAGAUACCCAUUGGUUUGGAGGGUGAUUUUAAAGGUAUUAUAGAUCUUAUUGAGGAACGAGCCAUCUAUUUUGAUGGAGAUUUUGGUCAGAUUGUUCGAUAUGGGGAAAUUCCAGCAGAAUUCAGGGCAGCAGCCUCUGACCAUCGGCAGGAGCUGAUUGAAUCUGUUGCUAAUUCAGAUGAGCAACUUGGAGAGAUGUUUCUGGAAGAAAAAAUUCCCUCAGCUUCUGAUUUAAAGCUUGCAAUUCGAAGAGCUACUAUAAAUAGGUCAUUUACUCCUGUCUUUUUGGGAAGUGCCUUGAAGAACAAAGGAGUUCAGCCUCUUUUAGAUGCUGUUGUAGAAUACCUCCCCAAUCCAUCUGAAGUCCAGAAUUAUGCUAUACUCAAUCAGGAUGACUCACAAGAGAAAACGAAAAUCUUAAUGAACUCCAAAAGAGAUGAUUCCCAUCCAUUUGUAGGCCUGGCUUUUAAACUGGAGGCAGGUCGAUUUGGACAGUUAACUUAUGUUCGCAAUUAUCAAGGAGAGUUGAAGAAGGGUGACACCAUCUAUAACACGAGGACAAGAAAGAAAGUGCGGGUGCAGCGGCUGGUUCGCAUGCACGCCGACAUGAUGGAGGAUGUUGAGGAAGUGUUUGCCGGAGACAUCUGUGCCUUGUUUGGCAUUGACUGUGCUAGUGGAGACACAUUCACAAACAAAGAGAAUAGUGGCCUUUCUAUGGAGUCAAUUCAUGUUCCUGAUCCUGUCAUUUCAAUAGCAAUGAAGCCUUCUAACAAGAAUGAUCUGGAAAAAUUUUCAAAAGGUAUUGGCAGGUUUACAAGAGAAGAUCCCACGUUUAAAGUCCACUUUGACACUGAGAGCAAGGAGACAAUUGUAUCUGGAAUGGGAGAAUUACACCUGGAAAUCUAUGCUCAGAGAAUGGAAAGAGAAUAUGGCUGUCCUUGUAUCACAGGAAAGCCAAAAGUUGCUUUCAGAGAGACCAUCACUGCCCCUGUCCCGUUUGAGUUUACACAUAAAAAGCAGUCGGGUGGUGCAGGCCAAUUUGGAAAGGUGAUAGGUGUGCUGGAGCCUCUGGACCCAGAGAACUACACUAAGUUGGAGUUUUCAGAUGAAACAUUUGGGGCAAAUGUUCCAAAGCAAUUUGUGCCUGCUGUGGAAAAGGGGUUUUUGGAUGCUUGCGAGAAGGGCCCUCUGUCUGGUCAUAAGCUCUCUGGACUUCGGUUUGUCCUGCAAGAUGGAGCACAUCACAUGGUGGAUUCCAAUGAAAUCUCUUUCAUCCGCGCUGGAGAAGGUGCUCUAAAACAAGCCUUGGCAAAUGCAACAGUAUGUAUUCUUGAACCUAUCAUGUCUGUGGAAGUUAUAGCUCCAAAUGAAUUUCAGGGACCAGUGAUUGCAGGAAUUAACCGACGCCAUGGGGUAAUCACAGGACAGGAUGGAGUUGAGGACUAUUUUACAGUCUAUGCAGAGGUCCCUCUAAACGAUAUGUUUGGUUAUUCCACUGAACUUCGGUCAUGCACAGAGGGGAAGGGAGAAUAUACUAUGGAGUACUGCAGAUAUCAGCCGUGUUCACCGGCCACACAAGAAGACCUCGUUAAUAAGUAUUUGGAAGCUACAGGUCAACUUCCUGUAAAAAAAGGAAAGGCCAAGAACUAACUUUCCUCACUUUGUUGACUAACUUUAAUUAAAUCUGCAAGGUUUAGAUACUUUAAUGGAUUCUGGUGAAUGAAUUCAGACUGAAAACAAGUCAUUUUAGAUUCCUAUUAUAUUCAGAAACUCUUGUGAUAUAAAAGUUAAUUCUAUGUAUAUCUCAACUCUUUUGAUUGGUUUUCUACCUCAAAUAAAAUAUGGUUAUUACUGAAAUAUAUUUAAUAUUUAUUUAAGGGAGGAAGGGACUUAUUUCUGUUAUACUUCUAAACUUGGAACAUGUGAAUUUUUUUUUUUAAUCAUAAGAAUUUUCAGCAUACAGAAAAGCUGAUAAUACAAAGAAUAGCCAUAUACUUUCCAUUCGGACUCAGCAAUGAACAGUUUUGUUAAGUUUGUCAGAGUAAUAAUGUUUUGUCCUAUUUGCUUUGAGUAUUAUCCAUCUAUGUCUCAUACAUAUUUUUUUUGGUAAAUUGCUUUGUUGAAUAUUGAAAGUAAAUUGCAUAUAUCAUAACACUUCUUAAAAGUAUUACUUUUUUGUUUAAGCGUGGAUUCCUUUAUGACCACCUGGGUGGCCCUAGAGGGUAUUAUGCUAAGUGAAAUAAGAGAAAGACAAAUACUGUAUGAUUUUACUUAUAGGUGGAAUCUAAAAAAUAAAACAAAUGAACAACAAAGUGGAAACAGACUCAUAGAUACAGAGAACAAACAGGUAGGUGGUGGUUAGAGGGGUUGAGUGAAAUAAGUGAGGGAUGUUAAAUUGUAUAAACUUCCAGCUACAAAAUAAAUGAGUCACAGGGGUGAAAUGUUAAAAAAUUUAAAAAAAAAGUAAAUUCCAUCUGAUCUUAAUAAGAGUGUUUUUCACAUUCUUCAUUGGGAUAUUAAAAUGCUAAUUAAACUUCUAGCUAUUUAAUAUAAAGCAGAUUGCUUCGAUCUCUGGCUUCCAUAUCUUUGCUUUUAAGAGUAUACAUGUUACUUUUUUCUUUUCCUUUUUGGCUGACCCAUGGCAUAUGGAGUUCCCAGGCCAAGGAUCAAAUCUGAACUGGAGCCCUGACCCAGGCCACAGCUGUAGCAACACUGGAUCCCGAACCCAGUGGACCAGACUGGGGAUUGAACCCAUGUUCCUGCCACUGUAGAGACACUGAUGGUCCUAAUGAUGGUGUUGUUGAUGGUUAUGUUGCAUCAUAAUAGGAACUCCUGAAUGUUAACUUUUUUGCAGACCUCUGAGGUGAAAAAUGGACCUUUGUAAAUACUAUUAUCUGUCUUCAUUUUAAUGUUUCUGCACCUUGAAGUAACAUAAUUUACAGGGUUGCUGGCUAGUCUGUUUCAUUCACCUACUAAUUGCUAGUUGAAUUUGAAUCUGUUGGAA